AUUUCGUUGGACUGUGAAUUUCUGUGAGGAUGUUUACGCACUAAUCCGCUAACAAGAGCAAAAAGCAACUCACAGCUCAUCAAUACCGCGGAAUUGUGCUCACCAUCCUAGUCGCGACAUGCGUUAGCUCUCGAAGCGAGUUGAAAGGGAUUCCCAUCAAAAGAUCAGGCCCAACGCACUUUAACAGAUUACACUUCGUCACCGCCUCUCAAUCUCCAACGUUUACCCCCUACCCAUGAACAUUUCCUAACCCGGCAUAAUGGUUCAUGGCAACGGCAAGCGAGCUGUCUCGGCGCAAUCUCAUCCCGCAUUCACCAAUCGCUAUCCGCGGAUGAAUGUCUUGAGCCGAUAAUAAAAUAAAUUGAAGGGAAGCUGCACUGUAUUGCAUGCCCCGUUGUCUGUUCCUUGGAUCACGUCAGUCAGGUUCCUGGUUUUACUAUUCACACAACACAACCCAGGAUGAAGGCCUCCUCCUUCUUUGCCAUUGGCGCUCUCACUGCAGGGGUGUUUGCUCAGGAGGGUAUCUUCGAGACGGCAGAUUUCAACAUCACCGAGGCCCUCAUUGUUAAUGGUGUCAAUGUCUCUGCUAUUCCCGAGCUCGAUUCUUUGGUGGAGCGUUCCCUUUUCAGCGGAUGUUCGAUCGCUUGUUCUGCUUUGAGCACCAUCUACGGCAGCACGAAGCUACUAUCCGAGGGGACGUCGACUUACGAUGCCUUCACUAGCGGCUAUUGGAGCGCUCAACAAGGCACCGUUAACCCUCGCUGCGUCUUCAAGCCGACAACCCCUAUUGAAGUAUCUUCCCUGGUACUACUGUCACGCCUUACCCAAUGCCCCUUCGCCGUGAAGGGUGGCGGCCAUGCUGCCUUUGCUGGUGCAUCAAGCAUUGAUGGGGGCAUCACGGUGUCAAUGGAGACCUUCAAGAAAGUUACAGUAUCCAGUGACAAAAAGACUGCAGACAUUGGUCCUGGAAAUCGUUGGGUGGAUGUAUAUACCACGCUUGAGAAGUCUAGCGUCGGUGUUGUAGGUGGCCGCAUGGCCCCAGUCGGUGUUCCAGGCCUUUUGCUCGGUGGAGGCAUCUCCUUUUUCUCUAACAAGCUUGGAUGGGCCUGCGACAACAUAGCCAGUUACGAAGUUGUUACGGCAUCAGGCAUCGUAGUUACUGCCAGCGCCACUAGCUUCCCAGACCUCUACUGGGCCCUGCGAGGAGGCGGUAACAAUUUCGGUAUCGUCACUAACUUCAAGCUGAAUGCUUUCCCUCUGGGCAAGAUGUGGGGUGGCCAGCGUAUCUACACCGAGAACAACUUUCCAGCAGUCCUUGAUGCCAUUUAUAAAUUUGCGACUGUAACCUCUUCGCAGGACACUGACGCGGCACAAAUAGUUUCAUUUGGAAGCAUUGCACAGCUCGGCAAGAUUGCCAUCGUUCAGAUGCACUACGCUCAACCCGUCUCGAACGCGUCCGUAUUCAAUGACUUCAACGCCAUUCAACACGUCCAAUCCAAUACCGCCGUCUCCUCCCUCGCGGACCUGACGAUCAAAAUGAAUGAAGGCGCUGCAGACGGCCUCCGCCAAACACAAUGGGACGUCUCCUUCAAAGUCAACCGCGAUCUGUUCACCUUCCUUAUCAACACGUUUUACACCCUUCUUCCGGACGUUCAAAACCUACCUGGUGCUUUCCCAACAAUCUCCAUCCAAGCCAUUACCGCUGGCCAACUGAAGGGCAUGCAGAAGAAUGGUGGCAACGCACUGGGUCUCGAUGCUGCAAAAGGCCCCUACUUUAUAAUGAAUAUGAGCUCAAGAUGGAAGAAUGCGGCGGACGAUGCUGCUAUUCUCAAGUUUUUCAGCACUAUCAUCAAGCAGGUCAAGGCGGAGGCGCAGAAGAAGGGCCUCGACAAUGCUUACAUCUACAUGAACUAUGCAAGCCAGUUUGAAGACCCGAUUGCAAGCUACGGAGCAGGAAACGUAGGGAGGCUGAAGCAAGUCUCUGCGCGAUACGACCCAGCAGGCGUGUUCCAGAAUCUGCAUCCGGGUCACUUCAAGUUGGUGAAGGGCCCGCCAAACCCGAACAUGCCGUAAGCACAGCACAAGUUAUUGAUAGACAUGAUGGUAAAAGAGGACAUGCAUAUGCGCAGGGAUUAAUAAGUACAAUACAUAAAAGUACAGAAAAUACUACGUAAUGUUUUAGAAGACAAC